AUGGAUGAUGCUGAUGAUAUCUAUAUGCAGUCCUGGACUGGCACCAUUCUCGGCCCUCACAAUACUGCAUACGAAGGGAAAAUCUUCCAGCUGAAGCUCUUCUGUGGCAAGGAAUACCCUGAAAGUCCACCAACUGUCAGGUUCCAGACCCGGAUCAACAUGGCUUGUGUCAACCCUGAAACUGGAGUGGUUGAACCGAGCCUCUUCCCUAUGCUCGCUAACUGGCGGCGAGAAUACACAAUGGAGGACAUUCUGAUUAAGCUGAAAAAAGAAAUGAUGACUUCCCAUAACCGCAAGCUAGCUCAACCCCCGGAAGGUACCGAGGAAGCUAGGGCGGAUCCAAAGGGACCAGCUAAAUGUUGUGUGAUGUGAAGAGAGAGAGAGAGAGAAGUUGGAGGGAACCACGGUCAAUUUGUAUUAAUAGAAGGGAUAAUGUAUAUAUAAAAACAUCAUUUGAAGCUUUUGAUAUUUGCCUACGACUUGAAUGUUAUAAUGUUGUUUGAGAUUCUAUAUAUUUGUCCACCAAAAAUAGGUGAUUAUGACCCUAA